GCCAGGGUGCACGGCCGUGCACAUCACCAUUCUGGCCGUGCACCUCAAAACGCGGCGUAUCAAUUAGUUGAACCUCAGCCAACUCGCACGGCCAGAAUUGUAUGUUGCACGGCCGUGCGGAUUUCACUUGUGCCCGUGCGUGCCCACGCACAAUCCCGCACGGCCAAACUGGUCACUUGCACGGCCGUGCGUGGCCACGCUGGUCUGCCCGUGCAGCUUGCUCAGCCUCUGUUUAAUGCUUCGUUUCUCCCUCGUCCGGACUCCGAAUCAAUCGCCGUUUGAUCCCAGACGCUCGUAGUCUCGUCCUCUUUCGUUUCAUAACAAGCUUGCAUGAUUCUUUGUCCAUAAAGUGAGGUAGAAAUCCAUUCUUCUUCAGGUCAUGCCCGAGUUUCUUCUCUCGAAUCGUCAAUUGAUCUCUGAUUGACUUGAAACUUGCGCCUAUGCUUCACUUUAUGUGCUAGGACCUGAAAUGGGACAAAGGAACACAACCUAGCAUAAAAUAGGCCAAAGACGCAAUAAUUCAAGCUCAAACAAUCAAGAAACAAAGGGGAAAACAUGUGCAAAUACCGAGUCAUCACAGCUCGAUACAAGCAGCUCCAUAUGAGGUACUAUAUGGGAGGAAGUGUCGUACACCAUUGUACUGGGAUGCAGAGGGCGUACGAUAGCUAGAGGGUCCGGAGAUGGUACAGAAGGCAGUGGAGAAGGUGGAGCUGAUCCGCCGGAACUUGAAGGCGGCUCAGGAUCGGCAGAAGAGUAAUGUCGAGAGGCCAGGGAACCCACGAAGUUAUGAAGUGGGGGAUAUGGUAUUCCUAAGGGUGUCCCCUUGGAAGGGAGUGAUGAGAUUUGGUAAGAAGGGAAAACUUAGUCCGAGGUAUAUCGGUCCAUAUGAGGUGUUGGAGCGCAUUGGACCUUUAGCCUAUCGACUAGCCUUACCUCCCAGCCUAUCUAGGAUUCACGACGUUUUCCACGUCAGCAUGCUAAGGGCGUAUCGAUCCAACCCGGAGCAUGUGGUCAGACAUGAGGACAUCCAGUUGGAAGAUGAUUUGACCUAUGAGGAGGUUCCAAUCCAGAUUGUGGAUAGGCAGGAGAAGGAGUUGAGGAGGAAGAAGAUUGCCAUGGUAAAGGUGGUAUGGAGAAACCAGGGCAGCGAGGCUGCGACUUAGGAGACAGAGAGUAGCAUGAGAGAGAAGUACCCAGAUUUGUUUUAAUGGUGUUUAGAUUGUUAGUGGGUGAACUUCUGUGUACUCUCACUUUUAGUACUCUUUUUAGUUCCCAUUUCUCGAAUCUUUCAGUAAUAAAGCCGGAUUUACAAU